ACUGACAUGAAGUUCGCUGACUGUUUAGUGCCACAGCAACAAUAACCUGAAAAUGGAGCUUUCUGAACAUUUAAAGCAAAGUUUGCAAGAUUCACACGCUAUCACUGCAAAACCUCCUCACUAUCUCAGCGAUCUAAAGUUCUUACUGGGGAUGAAAACAACAUGACGAGACAGGAAAAGGAGUCACCCACACAAACCAAAGACACCACCGUGCAUCGUGGUGCGAGCAAACGCUUUACAGUCUACCGCUAACAACCCAUCACUGAAUGAUCACAGCAGAGUGUCUGUAGGUUUAAUAUAUUUAUUCUUUGCUGCAGAGGAAGAAGACAGCACUGCUAAGAUGUCACGCCUGAACUUGAACAUUUUUAUCUUCAAUUUAUUUUUUCUGAGCCCAGUAUUCGUCUUCAGUUAUGAUUUUAAGGUGAUCCAGCCGGAGGGUCAGCUUGUGAACCCAGACCAAACGGCUUCAAUCAGCUGUGAACACGACUCAUAUGGAUCUAAAUUUCUGGAUGUUCGACUGUACAGAAUUUCACAGAAUGAGAAAGAAGAGACAUUGCUGUGUCAGAAGGGAGCUCCCUGUACGGAUGUCAACCUGAUUCUGAGUUCCACCAAGCCUGUUUUCACUUUACGAAACAUUGGAUGCGAAGCAAUAAGAGCUACCUAUCAGUGUGAGAUAACAGUGGAGUAUGGCGGUGUGGAUUACACCAGGAGAGGAACAAAGACCAGACUAUUUGAUUUUAAGGUGAUCCAGCCGGAGGUUCAGCUUGUGAACCCAGACCAAACGGCUUCAAUCAGAGGUGAACUGGACUCAUGUGGAUCUAAACUUCUGGAUGUUCGACUGUUCAGAAUUUCACAGAAUGAGAAAGGAGAGAUGCUGUGUCAGAAGGGAGCUUCCUGUAAGGAUGUCAACCUGACUCUGAGCUCCACCAAGUUUGUUUUCACUUUACGAAACAUUGGACCCGAAGCAAUAAGAGCUACCUAUCAGUGUGAGAUAACAGUGGAGUAUGGCGGUGUGGAUUACACCAGGAGAGGAACAAAGACCAGACUGUUUGGUGAAAAGGACUGUUCUCCGUUUGAUAAAUCUGUGCUGGGAUGGAUUCUGAUUGGCCUGCUGGCCCUGAUGUUCCUGUACAGCUGUGUAAUCACCUGCCUCUACAUCAGACUGACAGCCACCAUCUGGAAAAAAAACAAAGCUUGUGAGAACUCCACCUAUGUGGUAAUGAAGCCUCCAACCCACAAGGGGCAGCAUGAAGACAUUUACCAAAUGAUGCAGUCUUAGGCUGAGUGAAGGGUAAACACCCAUAGACAUGAACACACCUCACACGAACAGGCAUUGAUAAACCCUCAGUACAGCUUUAAUAACGAUGUUAUACCGAACAGAACCAGCAGGAGGAGCCAAAGACUGCCUGAAGAGAUUGUUCACAUUGACACCAGAAAAAGCUACACGUCACGAUCACCAUGACGACAAACUAUCCAUCUAUCCAUUUUCUUUACACCCUUGUCCCUCAG